CUUGGUUCACAUCCCAUCGUCUGUAAAGCUACUCAGUGUGUCACUUGAUCAAUAUUUCCACCUUUUCUUUGUGAUUCUUCAGAAGAAUCAAAUCGACCAAAAGACCACAUACUUUAGAAGAUGAACGAACGAAUGACAUCUUUCGUCACGACGGCGUCGUCACUGACAUCACAAGACUGGACGCACUUGAGUUUAGGGGAUGAUCCUUCGACAAUGGCAACUCCCGACUUCGAUAUAAUUGUUCAACGGGUCACAUCCCUCUUUGUUGUACGAAUGGUCGCUCUGGUAGCACCUCUCGGAACCUUUGCCGACGACAUCAGUGUCAGUAGCGUAUGCCGUUCUCUUUUACUAAAACCCGAGCUGUGGCCGGCCGCCGUCAGCGAAACCGUGGUAGAACAGUUGCAAAAGUUUAUGCAUUCCAUUUUGCAUGGGUACAAGGACGUGCCCUACCACAACGUCGAACACGCUUGUCAUGUAAUUCUCUCGGUCAACAAGUUGACGGAUAUGCUCGUUUCGACUGAGCAUCACGCGUCGCUUAUGAAAGUACCACCUACGUAUGGUCUGCGUCACGAUCCGCUCGCUUUGUUUGCGUUACUAUUUGCAGCGCUCGUUCACGAUGUUGAGCACCAAGGCAUCCCCAAUCGCCAAUUGGCAUCGGAGGAUGACCGGCUUGCCGUACUUUACAACGAUCAAUCCAUUGCGGAAAAUUGGAGUUUGUACGUGGCCUUUUCCGAAUUUUUGCAGGACGAAUACGCAACGCUGCGGUUGGUGUUGUUUGGAAACACAAGUGGCCCGACCAAUACGGCGGUAAAAGCGCAAGACAAUUACGCCGAAACCUACAGCCGGUUCCGUAAAAUUGUGAUCAAUCUCGUACUUAUGACGGACAUUGCUAGCCCGGAACGUACGCAAAUCGGAAAAUCGAAGUGGAAGGAGGCCUUUGGGGAGCCCUUCGAAACGGUGGAACGCAAAGUCCGGGCUCAAGUCCGGCGUAUGAGUUUGACUGGACAGAAUAUUGAAAUACGCAGAAACAACGGAGGCAGUGGCACAGGUGUAGCUGCGUCACCAAGUUUCGACCAGCGUACCAAACGACGUGGAACGGGGGACAUGUCAGAAAUCGGCAUGACGGAUCCUGUCUUGCAAGCCAAGCCCAGCGAUAUUCAAGGACAUGAUGACGACGAUGACAGUCUUUCAGUUACACCGGAAAACUCAUUCCACGACGAGGAUGAUCCGCAAACGUUCACGAGUGCAACGCAACAACUGUACCCACAGAUGCAUCGAUCUAGUAGCUUGCCCGCUCGCCAGAAAUUUGAACGUCGUCUGACUGCUGCGAGCAGCAGAACUUCUCCCUCCACCGCACGGUAUCGUCAACAGCGACUAGGUAUCUUGCGGACGGUAGACUUAUCGGGAGAAACGUUAGAGACGUAUUCAACUCACGCCCGUCGAAACUCCACCACAAAUUCUACUGCUACCCAUUCCGAAGACGGCACGACUACCUCGAUCGACGUGGAUGCGGAUGAACCGAAUGACCUCAAAGCCUCUGUUGUACUCGAAGUAAUCAUGACAGCAGCUGACGUUGCGCAUAACUUGCAGGGUUGGGAACAAAUGGUGAAAUGGAGCAAUCGAUUGUAUCUGGAAUUGCGUAAGGCCUUUGUCAACCAGCGCGGUAGCGAUCCACAGCACCGUUGGUUCGAAAACCAAAUUGGGUUUCUGGAAUGCUACCUGCUACCGUUGGCGCGGAAAUUAGAAGAUACUGGAAUGUUUUCCGAAGGUCCUCAGUUUUCCCAAAUUGUCGAAACCAAUCGGGAUAGGUGGUUGACUGAAGGUUACGACGUGGCUCAGAAAACCAUUCAGGAAGGGGAGACGAAGUAUCCAGCCAUUGCCGACGUCAAUUAA